AUGGACGUAGUAUGUCUUCUUUUAGUUCUAUCCUUCUUCAUGUCCUUCUCUGUUUCCAUAACUGAAACCCAAACAGACCAUUUGGCACUGAAAAGUUUCAAGGAUGGAGUAACUCAAGAUCCCAAAGGCAUUCUCAGAUCCUGGAAUCAAUCCACACACUUCUGCCAAUGGGCUGGAGUGACUUGCAGUAAUCCCAAACAUCCUCAAAGAGUCACUUCUCUUGAUCUCAGUUCCUGUAAUUUAGCAGGCACCAUGUCUCCCUCCAUAACCAACCUCACUUUCCUUAGUAAACUAUACCUCAUGGAGAACAACUUGGAUGGUCAGAUCCCACUGAACAUUGGUCACUUGUACAGGCUUCAGUAUCUCAACCUCAGUUACAACUCCAUGCAUGGAGAAAUCCCUGCCAGUCUCUCAAACUGCACCAACUUGAGGCUCAUAGACUUGAAUUACAACUACUUUUCUGGGAAUAUCCCCUCUGAGCUUGGCUCCUUGAUUAAGUUAAACGUAUUUGUUCUCUUCAACAAUAGCUUCACUGGAAUCAUACCAGCAUCACUUGGAAACCUCUCAUCUUUAAAGGUAAUUAAUUUAGGAAAUAACCAGCUCCAUGGUCCCAUUCCCAAGGAGCUUGGACAUCUACAGAGGUUGAUUCACCUGAGUAUGGGUUAUAACAAGCUAUCUGGUUUGAUUCCUUUAUCUUUGUUCAACCUUUCUUCUCUGUCUUACUUGUACCUGUCUCAUAACAUGCUUGAGGGAGAGCUUCCUUCAAGUAUGUGCACUACUCUUCAUAAUCUUGAAGAGCUUCAUCUUGCUACUAAUUAUUUCACUGGACCACUUCCUUCUUCACUUCCUAAUGCUACUCGACUAAUUUUCCUCGAAUUAGUCAAUAAUAAUUUCAUAGGAAGAGUGCCUCCUGAUCUAGGAAAAGCACAAGAUCUUGUGUAUGUCAAUCUUAACUUGAAUAACCUUGAUGCUGGUGAUUCUGAUGGCUUGAAGUUCUUGACUUCCUUGACCAAUUGCAGUAAUCUACUUGUUUUGUGCUUUGCUGCUAAUGAGUUUGCAGGAGAUAUACCCAACUCCAUAGCCAAUCUCUCCACACAACUCCAAACUUUGCAAAUUCAACGGAACCAAUUAUCAGGGAACAUCCCAGAUGGUAUUGGAAACCUCGUUGAUCUUAGUGGGUUAGCUUUGUAUGAUAACCAUCUUUCAGGUCCUAUUCCAGCAACAAUUGGAAAGCUUGCCAAAGUUGCAGUACCUGGGGAUGUUUGGCAACAGACUCACUGGAACCAUCCCUCCUCCAUUGGAAACCUCACAAAGUUAAACUAUAUUGGCAUAGCAAAUAAUCUCCUUGAAGGACACAUACCUCUAAGCCUUGCAAAUCUCCAACAGUUAAUCACAUUGGAUCUCUCUAACAAUCACCUGAAUGGAACCAUACCUAAAGAGAUUGUAAGCAUGUCUUCUAUUUCUUUUGUCUUCAGCUUGGCUAACAACUCCUUGGUUGGAUCACUUCCAAUGGAGGUUGGCAAAUUACAGAAUCUUGGAGCUCUGUAUCUUUCUGGUAACAAGUUAUCUGGUCAAAUUCCAGCAGCUCUUGGAGGUUGCCAAAUCUUGGAAUACCUUCUCUUGGAUAGUAAUGACUUCCAAGGAACUAUUCCUUCUUCUUUGAGUAACAUCAAAGGCCUUAGACAGUUGCACUUGUCACAUAAUAACUUGACAGGCUUCAUUCCUGAAUUCCUUGCAACCAUGAGUGGUUUAGAAGACUUGGAUCUUUCUUUCAACAAUUUCAAUGGCACUGUGCCAACGGAAGGCAUAUUUCGGGAAUGCGUCUCUGAUAUCAGUCUUCGGCAAUGCCCAUCUUUGUGGAGAAAGGAAAACAAGCAAAGCUCCAGCUCCACAUAUUCUUCAUUAGAAGACCAGUAUCCAAGAAUUUCUUAUGCUGAACUAGCUAAAGCCACUAAUGGCUUCUCUUCAGAGAAUCUGGUUGGAAAGGGAAGGUAUGGUUCUGUUUACAAAGGUUCUCUUGACAAUGGCAACACAUUUGUGGCAGUGAAAGUGUUCAAACUAGAAGAGACAGGAGCUUCCAAGAGUUUCAUUGCAGAAUGCGAAACCUUGCGAAGCGUUCGACAUCGCAACCUCAUCAAGAUCAUAACAUGCUGCUCGAGUAUUGAUUCCGACGGCAAUGAUUUCAAAGCACUGGUUUUUGAUUUCAUGUCUAAUGGGAGCUUGGAAGACAGGUUACACGGAGGAGGAGAAAGUCCAAACAAUCUAACUUUGAUGCAAAGGUUGAACAUAGCAACAGACAUUGCUGAUGCACUAGAGUAUCUUCACCACAGCUGUGAACCUUCAAUAGUUCACUGUGAUCUAAAGCCAAGCAACAUUCUCAUUGAUGAUGAAAUGGGUGCACAUGUGUGUGACUUUGGCCUUGCUAAACUCCUCCCUGAAGCUAUUAGCAGGUCAUUAAUGCAAGAGUCUUCUGGUUCAACUGGUAUCAUCAGAGGAUCCAUUGGCUAUGUUGCUCCAGAGUAUGGUGGAGGUGGUCAAGUGAGCAGAGCAGGGGAUGUGUAUAGCUUUGGGAUUGUUCUUUUGGAGAUGUUUACAAGAAAGAGACCAGUUAGUGAUGCUUUUAAAGAUGGUAUGAGUCUGUGUGAUUUUGUUAAGAUGGGUUUUCCUGAUAGAGUGAUGGACAUUGUUGAUCCUUCAUUGAUGUUAGAGCAAGAUCAGCAUGGAGGUUUGAGUAAUAAUGUUGUGAACCAAAGAGAUGAACAUUCACGUAGAUUCCAUGAAUGUUUGGUAUCUGUGUUGAAGCUUGGUCUCUCAUGCUCAAAUUCAUUGCCCAGAGAGAGGAUGAACAUGCAAGAUGUGGCUGUUGAGAUUCGUGUGAUCAGACACGUGUACUCUGGUUUACGUAGAGAUGGACAAAACUAA